AAAUUUACAACCAGUACAUUAUCAUCCUUUUGUGCUCUCUUCCACUCAAUCAAUCUCACAAUGUCCACCUCACAAUUCCUCUUUAAAACAGCUACUACUCUCCCCAAAACAACCCACCAAGCUUCUGCUACUGCGAGCUAGUCUACAGCUACAGCUAUGGCUUCCAAGAAACUUUCCGCCUGCAUUUUGAUCCUUUCUCUCCUUUCCUUCUCAGCAUUCUCUAAUGCUAAUUGCGAUCCUUGCAAGCACAAGCCGACGCCUUCUCCUGCACCAGCAACUUGCCCCAGAGAUACACUAAAGCUUGGGGUUUGCGUAGACCUGCUUGGGCUUGUUCACGUUGUCGUUGGAAGUCCACCUUCUGGGGACAAGUGCUGUGCUGUGCUUGAAGGCUUGGCUGACUUAGAAGCUGCUCUUUGUCUAUGCACUGCCAUUAAAGCUAGUGUGCUUGGUAUCAACUUGAAUGUGCCUGUUGCACUUAGCUUGCUUCUCAGUGCAUGUGGCAAAUCUAUUCCUCCUGGCUUCCAAUGUGCAUGAAAAUAAUUCAUGAGUGAGAUCUGGCUGUUAAUUAAUUAAUUUCAUGCUUUGUGUGUAAAGCUCUUAUUAGUUGUUGCUAAUUUAGAUCAAUUGGUGGGUUAAUUAAUCUGUGAGAGCUUUCUUUUUCAAUUGCUUCAAAGAAAAAGGUCUGUAAUUUUUAGUUUUUUGUCUUUUUCUAAGAAUUGAUGUGUAAUUUGUCCAAAUAAACUGAGCAAGCCUGUUUGCUUAGUGUGAUGUGUCUGUUGUAUUUUCUGUGAUUAAUGUAAGUUAUCACUCCAUUUCUUCUUUUCUUCA